CCCGAUCAGAUCCUGCCUCCUCGUCUCCUCUGAACAUUCUCCAAACAUCUGUCGGUGUUGCACAUCUGGUGAACCGAAGAUGAGUCACGUGGACGUGAAGAACCUGAAGCCCUCGAGCUUCGAAGCAGAGAACUACGAUCAGUACGAGUACUACAACCUCAGCGACAAGUACGCAGAAGGCUCGGCCCGUAAAGGAAGGACCAAGAAGGAGGCGAGUGACAACACCAACCGGCCCUCCCCCUCCGGCCACGAGCGCAAGCUGGUGGAGAAGCUGCAGAACAUGGAGGAGAAGAAGAAGAAGAAGAAGGAGUGAGCAGCAGGGCGACCCGGACGGCUCGACCCGGACCCCGACCACGGCGACACACUGAGGCCCACAGACGGCGGGGGCCCCCCGGGGCCCCGACGGACCGAGGCUUGACCCCCCGACCCCACUGACCCCCUCCAAGAGGAGCCCACAGGAGCCAGACCUCCAUCGUGGGCAGAUCGUGGCUCCUCCCCCUGCCGGGGGUCGGAGAGCAUCCGUUUGCUGCUCAGACCGAGGAGGAGCACAUGCACACGUAGGAGGAGCACGUGCACACGUAGGAGGAGCACGUGCACACGUAGGAGGAGCUUUCAGUAUCUUGAGCUCUAUGCGACAUGUUUUCAUACCAAUAAAUAAUUUUAAAGGA